CCAUCAGUUGAUUCUUUGCUGACGGGUAACAUUUUCCCCCAGUACAAUCAAUACCGCCGUGUAAGUGGGUUUAUUUUAAUCGAACCUGAUACAGAACAAUUGAACGCCCCGAGGUCAUAGAUCCUAGUGAAUAAUUGAUAUCUAUCAGUUUCUUGUUCGGGCCAGGAUACUACACCUUUGAGUGCUGCACAGUAAUUCCCUCUAUCGUCUACUUACUUCACUAGGAAUCGGUUUUACAGCACACUUUCAUCACACCUCGACGGGAAUUCGUGAAGGAACCUUCUAUCGGGUUGUUGCGGCAGCUGAACCGAGCGGUGUUAUAACAAACGCCCUAGCUGUAACCCGUCAAAAGUGGCGGCUCCAAGCAUGGUAGGUCGGAGGUUCUUCUCCGAAUGGGAGGAGAGGCAGCAGAACGAAGAGGCCUUGGCGGAGGCCAGGCGACGCCGGGAGAUGAGGGCGGUCACGACGGCCCUGGUGGUUCUCUCCAGCCUGACCAUACUAGUGGGACUUGUGACGAUCGGGUCGGGCAUUGCCGCAGCUUUCCAGCCUGGCAAUACAAUCGGUUCCGUUAACAGCCUGUCUGCUAUCGCCUGCGGGACCUGUUUCUUGUUCAGUGGUGUCCUAGGCCUGGUGCAUGUGGGCUGCAACAACUCAUCUGCGUGUCUGAUUUUGUGCUUCACUGUGGGCUGUACCAUCUCCCUGAUCUUCAGCCUCGUAUACGUCCAACUCCUCAGACUGUUUGUGGAAGAUUUAGAGUCCGGGGAAAUUCAACUCUUUGUUCCCACCAAUUCCACCUUCCAAAAGGCGGUGACAGACCCUUUUGUGACGGUAGCUCUGGGGAAGACAUGUGUGGUGGCUGCUGGGAUUGGUUGUGCCACUACCAUCAUCCUAACCUUUCUGGCCUGCAGGGUUGCCUCUGAGGAGAAGCGGCGAUUGUUCAUGUUGAGGGAGGGGAUAGACAUGACAGAACAGCCCCACGGUGCUGAGGUUAGAACAACUGCCAUAUGAGAACAAAAAGUGAAGCAGUGGGUGAAUCACACUAACGUCUUCUGUUUCAAGUGAAAUACUAGUACUUUGUGCCUGGACAAAGUUGAUUCAUAUCAUCAACUUUCACAAAAUGUAUCUGCAAUAAAGCAUUCCAGGACUAUUCUCAUUGUAAUCUGAGAGAAACUAUGCAUGAUCUAUGACUUUAUUUAGGGCUACUAU